AUGCUCAUGUUCUGCUCCAUUUCAGGCUGCUAUUCCCUGUCAGUGCAGUGUGGCAAGUGCUCUGCCUGGGCCUCAGUGAGUCACAUCCACCGGCUGGAUAAUGGGUGGCUUUACAUCUCAUCCUGGCUCACCUUCCCCAGCCUGCACAACUUGGUGGACCAUUACUCUGAGUUCAGCGAGGGGCUCUGCUGCCGUGUCUGCGAGCCCUGCCCCAUGGAAGGGCCAAGAGCGGCCCCAGCCCCCACAGCACUCAGUGUCCUCAGGAAGCCAUCACUCCACUGGAACAAGACUGAGAGCUCCCUCCUGUUCUUGGAGACCACAUCCCCAUCGGACGGGUCUCCCAUCAGCUCUUACCUGAUUCUCUCAGAGACUGACACCCCUGAGCCAGACCCCACAGGAAAGGUGGUUAUAGAUGAGUAAUGUAAUAGGUCUCACAGUUAAGAGAUAGAUACUAUGUGGAUGUAUAGUGAUGUUACUAUAAUAUGUCCUUCCAUAGGACAUAUUUUCCCCUCUUUCCCCUCCCCCUUGUAAUAGCCUCGGUAGUGAGGGUAUUUGGGAGGGCUUGUUACCAAGCAGCGCAACAUGACAACACCCGGCCUCCAGUCAAGAUGUAAGAAAGGAAUCUCCACCAAAGGACGGCAGAGAUGGGACUUGACUGACAAAACUUUAGGAGGUGCUAAAGAUAUAAAAGGCAGAGCAUCCAUUUUGUAGAUGAGCUAGUUAUGGAGACUCCCAACACUGAAAUCUUUCCUGAUGCACUUCUUUGUUGCAAUUUUUGUUAAGGUUUAAUAAACCUUUUGAAAUUUUUGAA